CUAGGCCUCACUAGGCCUCACUAGGCCGCGCGCGUUGCUAAGCAACGCUCGCUCUGACGUAACUUCCGCCGCGCCGCGUUCACCACCUAGCAACGUCCGCCUAGCAACGCGGCGCGCUGCUGACGUCACUUCCUCCUCCUUCUUCUCCCCUCAGGCCGCCAUCAUGGCGGCCGUGGAGGUUUUCCCGUCUCCGGCCGAGCUCGGCGCGGCGCUGGCGCGGGCGGUGACCGAAGCCGCGGCCGAGGCGGUGGCGAGCGGCGGCCGCUUCACUCUGGGGGUCUCCGGGGGUUCUCUGGUGCCGCUGCUGGCGCGGGAGCUCCCGGGGGCCCUGAGCGCGGCUCCCGGCGCGGAUCCCUCGCGCUGGCUCGUGGCGUUGUGCGAUGAGCGCCUGGUGCCCCCCGAGCACCCCGAGAGCACCGCGGGCGCCUACAGGUCCCAGGUUGUGCCUCAGUUUCCCCCCCCUGGGCCGCGCUGGCUCUGGGUCCGGCCCGAGCUCGGCGCCGCCGCCGCCAGCGACUACGAGAGCCAGAUCCGACGGGAGUUCCCAGGCUCAGGAGUGCCCCAGUUUGAUUUGCUGCUGCUGGGGCUGGGUCCGGACGGUCACACCUGCUCGCUGUUCCCGGGCCACGCCCUGCUCCAGGAGCAGGAGGCUCUGGUGGGGUUCCUGGCGGAUUCCCCGAAGCCGCCGGCGCGGCGCGUGACGAUGACGCUGCCGCUGCUCAACGCCGCGCGCUCCGUGCUCAUCAUCGCCGCCGGCGCCGCCAAAGCCGCCGCGCUCCAGCGGAUCCUGGAGGGCCAGGAGGAAUUCCCGCUGCCGGCCGCCCGGAUCCGGCCCCGCUCCGGCCGCCUCCGCUGGCUCCUGGACCGGGAAGCGGCCAAGGAGCUGCGGAUUCCCGCGGGAAAACACCCCGGGAAUCCCGGAAUUCCCGGGGAAAACCCCCCAGGAGGGGAAGAUCCCCAGGGGAAAUGACGGAAGGUUCCGGAGCCGGGGAUUCCCCUCCUGGGAAUUGAGGAAUUGCGGUGGGAAAACCCUCAGGAAUCGGGAAUUCUGAUGGAAAAUGUCCCAGGAAUCCGGAAUUCCCAUGGAAAAACGCCCCAGGAAUCCGGAAUUCCCAUGGAAAAUGUCCCAGGAAUCGGGAAUUCCCAUGGAAAAUGUCCCAGGAAUCGGGAAUUCCCAUGGAAAAAUGCUCCAGGAAUCCGGAAUUCUGAUGGAAAAACACCCCAGGAAGCCGGAAUUCCGAUGGAAAAUGUCCCAGGAAUCGGGAAUUUCGAUGGGAAAACCCCCCAGGAAUUGGGAAUUCUGAUGGAAAACGCGCCAGAAAUCAGGAAUCCCAUUGGAAAAUGCCCCAGGAAUUGGGAAUUCCGUUGGGGGGGUUUCAGAGCUUGGAAUUCCAAUGGAAAAAUGCUCCAGGAAUUGGGAAUUCUGAUGGAAAAACGCCCCAGGAUUUGGGAAUUCCCGUGAAAAAUCCGGGAAUGGAGAAUUCCAAGGGGGGAAUUUUUAUUUGGGAUUUUUUUAGAGUUUGGAAUUCCCCAGAAGGGGAAAAAAACGUCCCCAAAAAUGGAAGAAUUCCAUGGAAAAUAUCCCAGGAAUUUUUUUGGGGGGGGAUCAGGGAGCGCUUUGAGCUGGGAAUUACCAGGAAAUCCUCGGAAUUCCGGGAAAAAAAAAAAAAAAAUACAAAAAAAAUCCGGGAAAUGAGAAAAUUCUGGAAUCGCCAGCGGGGCUGGGAAUCCCAGCAGGAACCGGGAGAGGGAAAAAAAUCCGGGAUCAAAAAAUCCACACAUUCCAAACCUGAGCAUUCCCAUGGGAAAAACUUUGGGAAUUCCAUGAAAAAUUGGGAUUUUUUUUUUGCUGUUUAUUUGAUUUUUUCUUUAUUUUUGAAUUGGGAAUAAACGGUGCUUUGGCUGAGCUGGAA